GUCACUUCGAUUUUUGCGCCCAAAUCUGGAUCUCAUAUCAUGAGUUAUAUCAAACCAGAUCUGGAUCUCAUCACCUCACUUUUACCUUAGACAAAACUUUCUUCCAAGUUUUUUGCACUAUGUAAUGUAUUCCUCCCAAAAGCCACACUUCUUCAAACCCAUUGUUCUAGGUUUCAAGAAUGGUGUGGACAUCUACAUACAAUUUUCUCCUCUCCCACCUCGUACUUGAAAUGGCAGUGCCAAAAGCCAUACAAAGGAGACGGUGACGUUUAGGGCGGUGAGCAGGAACAAGGAAGGGUGCAAGCUCGUGACGAAGCACGAGGUGGAGACACACAAGACAGAGCAUCAACUAGACGACGUUCCAAUAGCCGUUGACAAGGGUUGCGGAUUCUUGAAUUUCUUAUAUUAUUAAACCGAACUAAUUCGGUUAUUCCAACCGACCGAAUUGCGGACCCUAUCUACACGUACGUGUGUUUGAUGUUUGAAGUUUCAGACAGAAAAUACAAGAAGUGAGCUACGGAGUAUCAUUUUAGGCAAAUUUCACACCACAGCUGCUUGCUGCAGAAAGCAUCCCAAUUCCCAAAGUUUUUGCUGCAAAGAAUAUUUGAGUUAUCAAAAUCAACAUUGGUAGCUCCUUUUAAUAUGAGAAGGGAAGUAAGUCUGCUAGGGCUAUGGAGGAAAUGGAUAAAAUUGCCAAAGAUAUUACUGAACUAAUAGGAAACACGCCAAUGGUAUACCUCAACAACGUAGUGGAAGGAUGUGUUGCUCGUAUUGCUGCCAAAUUGGAAAUGAUGGAGCCCUGUUCUAGCGUGAAAGACAGGAUAGCAUACAGUAUGAUUAAAGAUGCUGAAGAUAAGGGUCUGAUUACCCGUGGAAAGAGCGUCCUUAUAGAGGUAACCAGCGGCAAUACUGGCAUUGGUCUUGCAUCUAUUGCAGCAGCUUGGGGGUAUAAACUUAUAGUUGUGAUGCCACAUACAUAUAGUCUUGAAAGAAGAAUUAUUAUUAAAGCUUUUGGAGCUGAACUACAUAUCACUGACGGAGCCAAGGGUGUAGAUGGUCUUCUUGAAAGGGUCCAACAGAUAAUGGAUAAGACCCCAAACUGUUAUUUUUUACGCCAGGCUGAUAAUCCUGCUAAUCCCGAGACUCACUAUGAAACAACUGGACCAGAGAUAUGGAAGUGCACUGAAGGGAAUGUUGAUGCUUUAAUUGCUGGGAUUGGAACAGGAGGAACAAUCACAGGUGCAGGAAAAUUUCUCAAAGAAAAGAAUCCAGAAAUAAAGGUAUACGGUGUAGAGCCAGCUGAUAGUGCAUUUCUAAAUGGAGGAAAGCCAGGAAAACAUAAAAUCCAAGGUAUUGGUACUGAUAGUAUUCAUCCGGUUUUGGAUGUGAGCAUACUUGAGGAAGUUGUUACAGUGACCAAUGAGGAAGCCUUUGAAAUGACAAAGCUUCUGUGUCUGAAAGAAGGUUUAUUUGUGGGCAUUUCAUCAGGGGCAGCAGCUGUUGCUGCAAUCAAAAUUGCAAGAAGACCAGAGAAUGCGGGAAAACUUCUUGUUGUCAUAUUCCCAAGCUUUGGGGAGCGUUAUCUCUCGACUGAGCUGUUCGAUUCAAUACGGGAAGAAGUGGAGAAUAUGAGGUUCGAGUAAAUAUAAUGUCUAUGCGCUGUUGAUAAAGAAGAAGGGGAGAUUUGCCGGCUACAAUGGUCUCUUUAAUUCUUUAUAGCUGAAAACAAGCUCGUUGAGAGUGGUUCAAGUAUGAUUUCUUCUUCAGUAUUAUUAUUGGUUUUAAAUCCUCAAAACAUAUGUAUCAUUGCUCAUCUACUCCAAUAAUGUUGUUACUAUCUAUAUCCUAGACUUCGAUACCUGAAACAUAUUAUGGAUCUUGGAAUUGAAUGUAAAGUCUUGGGAUAAUUGCCACUACAUCCUUUCACCUAGAAGCUUGGUAGAAUCAAUAUCAAGUAAAAGUUUUAAGGUAAA